AUGGCGCGGCGCGGCGCGGCCGCGAUGGCGGCGGCUGCGAGGGAGGAGGAAGAGGCGUCGCCCCCGCAGAGGCUUGUGGAGGCCGCCCUACGCGGGGACGUGGCGGCCGUGGAGGCGUGCCUUGCCGCCGCCGCAGACGACGACGGGGACGAUGGCGUGCCUGCGGCGAGCCGCGUCGGGGUGGCGCGCCUGCGGGUGAGGUGCGCUGAGGUGGUGCUUCGCGAGGAGGCGGCUGCUGAGGUGAUUGUGGAGUUCCGCGAGCUCAAGACCGACGUGUCGCCGCUCUUCGCCGCCGCGCACGCCGGACAAGCCGAAGUUGUUCGUACCCUCCUGAGUGCUGGAGCUGAUGUUAAUCAGAAGUUAUUUCUGGGUUAUGCAACAACAGCUGCCGCACGUGAAGGAAACAAAGAUAUUCUAGCAAUGCUUCUGCAGGCUGGAGCCACUCAGGAAGCUUGUGAACAUUCCCUAUCAGAAGCUAUUCUUUUUGCUGAAGCUGAAUCGGCUAGACUCCUGGUCUGUUCAGAAAUGAUAGGUCCUGAAGCUGCAACACAUGCAUUGGUGACUGCUUCUUCAGGAGGCUUUGAUGAUGUAGUGGUCAUACUACUGCAGAAUGGGGUUGAUGUUAAUUCCAUGGCUAGGGUUCUCUUGAGGUCUGUCAAGCCUGUACUACAUGCUAAUGUGAAUUGCACUCCACUGGUGGCGGCAGUUAUGGGCCGGCAAAUUUCCACUGUGAAACUCUUGAUUGAGGAAGGCUCUUACUUGGACUGUCUUGUGCAAGUUAGUUCUUGGUGUUGGGACGCUGCAACAGGUGAAGAACUUCGUGUCGGUGCAUGCCUUGUGGAAAAGUACAAUGUCAUUUGGUGUGCAGUAGAGUGCUACGAAUCUAGUGGUGAAAUCCUCAAGUUACUGCUUGACAAAGCACCAUGGUUGUUGGAAACCCCACGCAAGGGUCGGAAUCUUCUUUGCCAUGCCAUACUCUGUCAGAACCUGAAUGCAGUAAGUGUGCUUCUACAUGCCGGUGCCAAUGCCAGAUUUCCGAUAAUGACAAAACUUAGACAUGUCUCCUACCCUAUACAUUUCGCGGCAAGAUUGGGUUAUGCACCCGUACUGAAACAACUCAUGUUAGAUGGAGCUCAGAUCAACGCACAGACUUCUACUGGGGACACUCCUCUGAUGAUCUCAGCAAGGUCUGGACACUCUGACUGCUUUCUUGAACUGAUCAAAUUUGGGGCGGACCUUGGGAUGGUAAACAAUGCAGGUGACUCAGCAAUGAUGCUAGGGAAGAAAAGUUCGUUUCGCUCCGCCAUCGUCGACAUUCUUUCCAGAGCAUUGAGCUCUGGAGCUUGCAUUACUACAUCAGAUAUCAGUGUCUUCUCUCCGCUGCACUACUUUGCCGCAAGUGACAGUCCAGAAGCUCUUCUCAUGAUGCUACAUUACUCAGCUGAAGAUCUGAACAAGCUGGAUGGUUCAGGGCUCACUCCCGUUAUGGUUGCUGCCGAGUCAGGCCAUGCUGAUAUUUUCAGGCUUCUAGUGAUGGCAGGGGCAGAUAUUGCUGUCACAAGUGCAGAAGGGAAAACCGUGAUGUCGAUCAUCCGAAGCAGAACUCCUGAAACUAGAGAUUUCUUUGAACAGAUGUUACUCCAGGCUUCACUAGCAAGUGUGAUCACAAGCCAGACAUCAUUCAGGCCCCCGCAUUACGCAGCCCGAAUGGGCGACGUGUCCUCGUUGCUGCAGCUCCUGAAAAUGGGCCAUGAUCCCAAUUCACAGUCACAGGACGAGGAUGGCUAUACGCCUCUGAUGCACGCAGCCGCUGCCGGGAAGCUAGGCUCGUGCAAGGCGCUGGUGUCCCACGGCGGCGCGGACUGCGGCGUCGGCAACGGCAGGAACGAGACGGCGUUGUCGGUGGCAAGGAAUAGCGGCAGGUCGAAGAAGGCGACGGAGGAGUGGCUGCUGGACCACCUGCAGUCGCGCGCCCACGUCCUCGCCGGGGAGGAGCUGAUGAAGCACACGCGGGGCGGCAGGGGCUCGCCGCACCGCAAGACGGUGCGGAUGAUGAGGUCCGGCGUGCUGACGUGGGGGGCGACCCGGCGGAGGAACGUGGCGUGCCGGGAGGCGCGAGCCGGCCCCAGCGCGGCGUUCGCCAGGAACAGGAAGGCGAGCAUCGAGGCGCCCGCGCGGCAGCUGAUCAUCCUCGUGGAGACGGUGACGGGCAGGGAGAUCCACUUCGAGGCCAGCCGCGCGUCCAGCGUCGAGCUCUGGGUGAGAGGCAUCAAUCUCGUAGUGUACAUGUGUGCAUGGUCAAGGGCUCAAGGCCAGGUAACGAGCCAGCUGGGGGCUCAAUGGAUCUCUGCCUGCAAGCCGCCUUGCAUACUUAUUUCAUCCUGUCACUAUGUAUGCAUUUUGCUCUGUAAGUUAUGUUAUUUAUCGCUUGUAAGUUUAUUUAUUGCUUUUUACUUGGUUGUUUUGUACAAAAGGAUGUAUUUAUAAACACAUCUUGGAUUGUGCGAGUCG